AGCAGCAGCAGCAGCAGCAGCAGCAGCAGCAGCAGCAGCAGCAGCAGCAGCAGCAGCAGGACUUGUCUGAGCAUGAGGGGCAGCAGCAUGAAGUGGUAGUCGUAAAUGAGAAUGACAUCUCCUUCGACAUAGUUUGCUGCAACAGCAGCAGCAAACUCUUGGUUCAUCAGCACGUAGCCCUGGAAGUCCAGGUGCGAGAAGCCAGUCCCUGA